GCGACUGGUUCCCCACCUUCGCGCCAUGGUUUAUGGCGAUCUUGGGUCGGGGCGGCGUGACGCCGACGCAGCGACGGGCCCUGUUGCGAUUGAUUCUAGUCGCGGCUGAAGAACGGCUCGCGCUGGCGCCGCUCGUUGCCGCAUGGGCUCAAGAGGAGCCGUCGUCGCAACGCAUACGACUCAUCAAGCUAUCGCAAUCGCUCGCCGACGGGCUUCCCAUCGCCGACGCCGUCGAGCGGUUCCCGGUUAUGUUGAGUGACGAGGAGAUUCUGCUGGUCCGCUUCGCCAGCGAGUCUGGCACGCUCGUUUCCUCACUAAAACAGUACCUCGCAACAGAGGUCGACACCGCCGCUCCGGUCCGCAGCAACCUGCGCCGCGCGAAGAACUAUCUGCUGAUGUUUGUGCUGAUCGGGACCCCGCUCGCACUCUGGGUCUACACAUUCAUCGGCCCUGCGCUGGAGCAGAUCGAUGACGACUUUGGUGUGGGGGGCUCGGCGUUACGCCCUAUCAACGAUCUGCAGCACUUCGUGUUCGAUUGGAUCGUACCGUUUAGCAUCGGCGCCAUCGCCAUCUUGAUCGCCAGCCGUUGGAUGACGGGACCGUGGCGCCGCCUACGCCGCAGUGUGGCCCCGAUGCUGUUCGGAUCGGUGCGUCGCUUGCGUACUGCUCACCUGCUGCAACGGCUCAGCGGAAGUUGCGCUGCGGGGAAGCCGCUGGCCGGCGCCCUCUCCACACUUGCUCGCAAUCACUACGACCCGGCGUUGCGUCACAAGUUGCUCUACGCCCGCAACGAGCUGGCGCUCGGCGCCGAGCUUUGGCCGAGCUUCCACGCAGCGGGCCUGCUGACCGACAACGAAGCGCGUGCGCUCGGCGCCAGCGAGCGGCUCGACGCCAACGAGUCGUCGGGCGUAACCGCAUGGACGCUCGCCACGCUUGCCGAAGCCAAGCAGCGCCACGCCAUCCGCAAGCAAACUUGGUUGUCGAUGGCGCUGUGGCUCGCGGUGGUGCUGCUGUUCGGCGCCUUCGUGCUCGUCCAGACGACGAUCGCCCUCGGGCUGCUGGUCGCCCUGAUGUCGGUCAUGGCUUCGCUCGCGGUGCGUAACCAGCGGGUGCUCGCCGACAACCGCGCGUACCGCCUUGCGGUGGAUGAGCUGUCGAAUCAGCUCGAUAUGCUCACCGCGUUGCCCGCCGACGAAGCGGCGACAGCGCUCAAGGCGUUGAGCGGCGAAGAACCAGUAGGACCGCUCACCGGCGCCACGCUGCGGGGUGAGAUGGCGGACGAAGACAAUGGGCGCAGGCUAACCGUGACGCUCUCUUGGCCGGCCGCGAUCAAGCGACCAGCCAUGAAACAACGCCGCGGCUAUUCGCUGGUCGAGCUGCUGGUCGUGAUGGCGGCCGCCUCGACCGUCCUCACCCUCUCGGCGAUGCUCAUCCACCGCACGAUGCGUCUGGCGUCGCAGACGCGAUCGUUCCAUGCCGAAGAGGCGACCGCAUGGCGGCUCUCCUCUCAGUUGCGUCGCGACGCCGCCGGCGCCGUAGCGAUCGACCUUGAGGUGACGGGCGCCGAGUUGACCGUUGCGAUUCACGAUUCGGAAGCGGAGCCGAUCGUCUAUCGGUUCCUCGGCACCCAGGUGGAAAGAUCGCAACGACUCGAAGGGGAUCGUGUAGCGCGCGAUGCCUUUGUGCUGUCGAGUGUCGCUGAUUGGGUCGCCGAUGAGUUCGAAGGCUUUGAGGCUCGUCGUGCGGGCCGGAGGGGAGUCAACGCCAUGAGACGUCACCGACAACUACGCCGUAGCGCCGCGGUGCUCGUGGCGGCCCUCGUCUGCUUGCUGAUCGCGUUGUCGAUCGCCACGACGAUGAUCGUCGAGUCGAUCGCGCGUCGCGGCCAGUUGAAAAUCGAACUUCACGCCCGCCAGGCCGAGUUGCUCGUCCAAGCGGGGCGGGGCAGGGCGGUGGUGCGGCUCGCCGCCAGCGCCGACUACGACGGCGAGAGCUGGGCGCCCGAACUCGGCGACGGGCUCAAUGCCACCGUUGAUAUCUCGGUUGAGCCCGACGACGACGGCGCUAUCCGCGUCACGGUCGCGACGCAGUAUCCCACCGACAGCCCCCAAGCG